CAUUUUUUGAAGGAAACUAAUUAGCAGGAAUAAAGAGCCAAGUGUUUUCCCCCCACAGUGAUCAGAACUCAUUCUACCUCUGGAGCUCGCACAAACCCCUCCGUCCCCCAUCUUCUGUUUACUACAGCCUAUAUGUAGCUUUAAUUACACUGUUGUUUGGUAACAACUUGGACCCCGCUGCUCUCUCUCCCUCUCCCCAUUUUUCCUCCUGGCUCCGUAAAAACGCAGAGGAUCAUUCAUAAGGAAUGAGUGGGCUCUCUAUACGAUUGCUUUCUGGACUACUACACAUUCAGCGUACGGAGCUUUGUACCAGAGUCGCUGCAGAAAUGUGGGGUAGUAAUGCGUGGCAGCUGUAGCCUCUGGUAUGGACAGCGGUGAGGGAGGAGGGGAUGGAGGGGGAGGAGAGGAGAGAGAUUCUGACCUCAGUCCCCAGGCUUUAUCUCUUCCUCUCCUGACCCUAGCGGUCAUUCCGGAGCAGGGGUCAUCUUCUCAUACCUCAGCCAUGGCCCCUGCCAAAGAGUCCCUGACCCUGCCUCAGCAGGAGGAGGAGGGCGCAGAGGGGUCCCAGGCUAGAGAAGAGACCCAGGGAGGUGAGCAGAAAGAACGAGGCCGACAUUUGCAGGAGAAUGGAGCGUGUCAAAAGCAGGGGAUGAAGGAAAACUUCGGGGAGGGAUAUUUGUCAGGGCAAAGGAAGGAAGAAGGGGAGGUACAUGUAGGUGUGGGAGAGGCAUCAGUUACAGGGGGCCUCCCAGCAACCCUUAGCAGCAGAAGCGGAGAGGAGGAGAAGGAAGAGGAGGAGGCCAUCUCAAACCAAAGCCAAACCAAAUCCAAAUGUUCUUUAAUACCUCAACAGAGCCAGCACAGCUCUUCUUCCAGCACUGCGAAGGCCACUGGCACACUCAACAGCAAAAUAGCCGCCUCUCCAAAGCCCUCCCCCACUCCUUCCACCUCUCCAAAGUCCUCCCCUUUUCUUUACACAUCUCCAAAGCACUUCACUUGUCCGUCCUCUUCUUCUGCCCUGCUGAGCGAGACAGAGGUAAAAGACAUUAAGGAAGAUCAGGGCUGGAUUUCUGGGUUUCCUCAGAGCUUUAAAUCCCAGCAGUCUACUCUGGCUUUUCCACUGGCAGGUACGGAGCCUGCCAGUACACCUGCUGAGGAUGAUGGGCCGGCAGGGGUUCCUCACUCUUCCAUUUCCAAUGGAGAUGGUGCCAAAGCUCCAGAACCAAAUGACAGCCAGUUAGACACAGAGGUGGAUGACGAGGGAGACAAAGAAGAAGAACAGAAAGAAGCUGUCCUUAAAAACCUCAACCAAGACCUCUCUCUUAAUUCACUGACCAGUCACAUGACCAUAAUGCACUCACGCAACUCCUGCAAGACGCUGAAAUGCCCCAAGUGUAACUGGCACUAUAAGUCUCAGCAUACACUGCAAGUCCACAUGAAAGAGAAACAUCCGGAGAUUGGAGGCCAGUGUGUGUGUGGCGCCUCCGGGGGAAAGUGUGUGUGUGGCGGUUCAACACGAGGUGUGUGUGGAUAUUGCAGUUCGGGGAAACCCCAUCCUCGCUUGGCCCGUGGUGAAACCUACGCCUGUGGCUACAAGCCCUACCGCUGUGAGGUGUGUGACUAUGCUACGUCAUCGAAAGGCAACCUCAGCAUACACAUGCAGUCGGAUAAACACCUUAAUAAUGUUCAAAAUGGGGGACACUCAAAUGGUCACAUGCACACUUCCAACAUUACCAACAAUAGCAGCUCUUCCGACGGCCACACAGCGGAUGAACCCACAUACAAGCCCCCACUCUCUAUUCCCACGCCCACUACCCAGCCCGCCAAGCUCACACCAGCUGCACACACUCACUCUCAUGGUAAGCGGUGGCGGUGUGAUGUGUGCGACUAUGAGACCAGCAUUGCCCGCAACCUGCGCAUACACACCACCAGCGAGAAACACACACAUAAUAUGCUACGGCUCCAGAGAGGUUACUAUCUGUCUCACUGCCGGAGUCUUGCCCCGCAGCUCAAACACCUUCAAAACACAGGUGCCGAGCUCUCCUUGAACAUGCGACUGACCAGUCAACAAGUCACAGAUCAGCCAGUCACCCUUGGGUCUACACUGACUCCUUCGCCCUCCCCCUCCCCCUCUCCCCCUCCAGCCCCAUCUCUGUCCCCCACUGAACCCCUCUCUCAGGGCAUGUUUCAAUGCCUUGUCUGCUCCUGCUUUUCGUCCGACAGCUUAGAGUCUGUGGAGCAGCACCUGAACGCCCCUCGCUCUCUGCCUCAGUCUGAGUGGUGCUCCCUGGUCGCUGGUGGCUGCCACUGCAAGCUGUGCGGCUACACCACCCCGCUGAGGGCUAACUUCUCCUUGCACUGCCAGACUGACAGACACCGCACCCGGUACCAGCUGGCUGCUCACCUCCAAGAGGGUGGAGACAGGGGUCAGGAGGGGGCAUCCCUUAUUGCUAAGGGCAACCCCGUCCAGCUGAGAUGCAACUUGUGUGACUACGUGACCAGCAGUUUGGACAAGCUACGAGGACAUUCCCUCAGUUCACACCACGAGGCCAGCGUCCGGGUUUACCGAUUCCUGCAGCAGUAUGAUGGUGAAGUUGAUGGAGGUUCGUGGCUGUUCCAUUGUCUCCUAUGCAACCACUCCUCCUCUUCUAAACUCCAAGUACUGAAACACAGUCAAACCCCAACCCAUCAGCAGAGGGAAGGGCUACUACAGCUGCAGCCACUAGGCGGAGAGGAGCUGGCAGCCAUUUUUACCAUCAGGAAAAGCCCUGAUGGUGUCACAGGAGAGCUCAGUGAGGAUAUGGAAACUUCCAGUGAGACCACCACUAGUCCUUUGGACACAACCAAAGACACUUGUAACUUGGGGGUGAAGCAGAUUUCUGAGGAGACAGAAGAAACAAGUGACGAGGAAAGAGAAAAGAGGGAGUCAUUGCCCUCAGUCAAGCGUCCAUCCUCUGGAUGCGAGGAAGUGGAAAACUCUAUCUCAACCAAACGCCCCAGAAUACACCAGCAAAAUGAGAACCAGCAGACUGUCCAGUGCCCUUUGUGCCAGGUUAAACUCCCACACGCACACCUUCGACAGCAUCUCACACAUGUGCACAGUGUGGCGCAGGACUGUGUAGACAAGCUCAUCAGCACAGUCACACUAUCCAUGGAACAACCACAGCCUCAGCUGCAGACAGAACCACAGACAGAUGAUAGUCAGAAAAAUAAAAACACCAAGAAUAACAAUACAAAUUGUACAUAUACUGCUGAUUCCAGUGCCUCAGUUGAUUCACAGAAAAACAAAGGAAUUUCAGUAGUAAACACUGAGGGAGAUGUAGCCGCACCCAAAGAUGUCACAGCUCUACUCACCCCACCCCUGGAAGACACCACUCACCCUUCCAAUGGCAGACUGGCUCCUCAGUCCCCAACUCAGACCCCCCCCUCCUCCCCAUCCUCCUCCCCGCCCUCCUCCCCGCUCGCCGACCCCCCUCCCCUUACUGAUCGCCAUGGUUACCGUUUCCGUUGCAGCAGGUGCAGCCUAGCGUUCCCCACUCAGGAGAAGCUCCAGCUGCACUGGCAGUACCAUGCCAUGAGGGCGGCGACAGAGUGUCCUCUCUGCUCGAGACAAUGCCGCAGUCAGGAGGCCCUGCAGAGACACAUGCAGAAUACGCACUCACAGCUUGACAACACACAGGGGCAGAAUACACUCUUACCGCCUCACACCACUCAAUACAUGGAGCAUACUAAGAGUUCAGUUCAACAAGAUUUUAGCUUAUCACCUCAAGUGGGUCAAGAAGCAGGAGAGCAUGAGGAUGAAGAGAUAGAGGAAGAAGCACUAGGUAUGGAGGAAAAGGAGGAACAAAAAGAAGAAGUAAAAUUAAAUGAUAAGGACAUGGUUGGUGAAGUUGAUGGAGGUGAAGAGAAUUUAAUUGAGCCAGAGAAAGAGAUCAUAUCUGAACCUACUUCCAGCUCUUUUGUCAAAAAGAGCUCUAACCCCACAAUGGACCGCUAUCUGGAUCCAACCAGGCCCUAUAAAUGCACAAUAUGCUCUGAAUCUUUUACACAGAAAACCAUUCUUCUGGUCCACUAUAACUCUGUGUCCCAUCUCCACCGGGCCAGACGAGCCCUACAGGACUCUGGCACAGGUGUUGCUGCCCCCGAGGCUCCCCGUGGCCCAGAUCCUAGGCCCUACCGCUGCCGAUUGUGUGGAGUGGGCUAUAGCCAGAGCUCCACACUGGACAUACAUCUUCGCUCUGUCCUUCAUCAGACUAGAGCUCGUGCUGCCCAGAACUUAGCUCCACAGAGCCCAGCAUCUAGUAUAGCGGCUCCAGUGUCAGUCUCCACUACUGCCACUCAGGCUGCUACCACCAGAGAAGAAACAUCCAAGAGUGUGCCUUUCACCAAGAGGCCAGAUGUAGUAAGCUCUUCAACCUCUUUACUUUUAGGCCCUGGCAUAGCAGCAGAGGCCCAGCCAACCCUCUCUAACCCAACUGACAGCAAGCAGGCUAAAAAGAGAGUGGCAGAACUUAUAGCAUCAAGAAACCAGCUAAUGCUAAUACAGCAGCAGCAGCAGUUAGUCCAGGCUCAGGCCCAGGCCCAAGCCCAGUUACAACACACAGCUCUGCUCCAGUCCCAAUUGAUGCAGCACCUAUCCUUUGGGACAGAUAAUCUCCUUAACCAACACUUCUCCCUGGCAUCAGACAACUUGCUCUCUCUGCAUCAGCAACUUCUUCUGCCCUUUUACAUGUCAGGAGACAUGAAUCUUAACCCAGAGUUGGCUGUUAAGAGUCUAGAACUUAGUCAGUUAUUAUCUGCUAACUCUAUCCUAAAAGAACAGAUUAAGGCAGAAGUUAAAAGGGAGUCCCAACCUCAAAUAGAAGAGAAACAACCCCAAAAACAAAGUUCAAACUCAACUGUUAACCAACCAAAUGAUCAUGUGCGGUGUGAAGCCAAGGUCAAAGCUGGCUGCAGCGGAUCCUCCAUCAACCAGUCAGAAAGAGAACACAGCAAUUCUAGUCCUGAGGAAGAAAAAGAAGAAAUGCUUGUUCCUACUGUUAAAAAUGAGAGUCAGAAGUUGGAAACUGAUUCCUCUUCAUUUAAUCUUCUUGGAUUGCAGUGUCCUCCCCCCAGAGUGCCCUAUGCUGCUGUGAAUGGGGAGCCUCUUCGAGCCCUGCUGCAGAGUUAUGGCUAUGAGUUGGCACUGCAAUAUAUACAAAGUAGACAUAGACACCAGCAGCAGAUAUCAACUCAUAUGAUACCAGAUAAACAGGGGAGCUCUGAUACCAACAAAAUGGAGGUAUGCUCAGAAAAAGAAAAAUGUGAGUUUAGUGGACUACAGGAUGGAAUGAUGGAAGGCUGUAAAAAGGAUAACAAAGGAGUAGAGAGCAAUAGAGAGAGAGAACAUUUGCUACAAGAGAAAAAGCAGAAUGAUCAGGAAUCGGCAAACAAAGAGAAAGGAUGUUGUGGAAGAGGAGAAAAGUGUAGAGACUGUGGCAAGCUUUUUUCAGAUGCCUUGAUUUUAAAAAGCCACCGGGAGUACAUUCAUAGGAUACUGUUUCCCACUCCUGCACUGGAGAGGUUUUCUAGAGAAUACAGACUGCAGUAUGACCAGAUGUACCCACUCACACAGCCUAAAUCUGGGGAUAAUUCAACUGCUUCAGCUGCAGCCCCAGUCCCAUCCUCAGAAUCAGAACCAGCACCGGAACCAGUUAUGCCUCAAAUUAAAAGUAUUGCAUCUUCACCUGUACCCUCAUUUUCAGAUCCCAUAACCAAAACAUGUACUUCAGCUACAGACCUAACACCAACUGCCCCCGCACCUUCUUCUCCUCCAUUUUCUUCUCAACCUCACAAAUUUCAACAAGAGGCACCCAUCCCAAGCACAUCUGCUACAGCUACUUCUCAAACCACAUCCACAGCUAACUCCAUACCCCGUACCUUACCUAAAAUACCAAUGCUUCCUCUUUCCUUGCCCCAGCUUCCUUUACCUUUACCAAAGCUUCCCCUACCCCACAUUCCUUUUCCCAUGGACCUACCUCUCCUCUCUCCGGUUGUGAUGCAGUCUGUGGGUCUCCAGCCCCAACCAUGGUUAGACUCAAGUGUGAACCCAGAGUUGGCAAAACUCCAAUCUCAACUCAACCCAGCACUGCUAGGGCAACAACCACCGCUCAGCCCAGCUUUGCAAGGUCAGCCUCCACAGCUCAAUUCUGCGCUGUUGGGUCAACCAUCCCAACCCAGCCCUAUCCAAACAGGACAGCAACCCCAAGUCAGCCCAACAAUACUUGAACAACAGGGUAAGAGAACCCGAACCCGAAUCUCAGAGGAGCAACUGACUGUUCUGAGGAAACACUUUGAUAUUAACAGCCUCCCCAGUGAUGAAGAAAUCAACAAGAUGUCUGCUCUGUCUGGUUUGCCUCAUAAAGUCAUCAAACACUGGUUUCGCAACACCCUAUUUAAAGAGCGCCAGCGAGACAAGGAUUCUCCUUACAAUUUUAAUAACCCCCCGACCAUAGCCCUGGAUGAAUCCAGAGAGGAAGUAGCACAAAACCUGCCUCUGACACUUUCCCCAUGUUCACUGUCUCCGGGCCUUCCAGCCAACACCUCCCCACAGACCCUGACAACAGACCUCCAGAGAGGAGAGCCCCAUAGAGGCAGACGCUCUUCCCGAACCCGCUUCACGGAGCAACAGCUGGAGACCCUGCAGGGGGUGUUUGAGGCGACCCCCUACCCCAGAGAGGAAGAAUAUGACAGGUUGUCUGCUCUGUUGUCUCUUCCUAACAGAGUAAUUGUUGUAUGGUUCCAAAAUGCUAGGCAAAGAGCCCGCAAAAAUCAAGACCAGGGGGCAGACAAUGGAUUAGAGGGGAAGAACCAGCUUGACAACAGUCACAGACAGAGAAAUAGCUGCUAUAAGAACGAUGAUGAUGAUGAUAACAGCUGUGGGGAUGAAGGACAAGGUGAAUCUCAGAAUGAAAACUCCAUGGAUCUGACUUAUGAGUAUUACACAAACCCUGACUCACCUGUCCUUGAUUCUUCCUCUCACUGCACAGAAAGUGAGCAUCUAACAGCCGAAGGUGAACCAACACCUCUUACUAGGAAACAGGAAGAUAACACAAUCUCUCCACAGGCUAACAAGAGCACAGCUCUUGUUCAAACUAAAGAUGGAAUUUCAGAUGCAGACAUCCAACGCAAGGAAAUUGUUGAGGCCAUAAAAAUAGGGUCCUCUCCACAACCUGAGCCCAAUCUGCAGCCAAAAAGGACUCCAGAAAGAACCCAGCCUCGCUCUUCCUCCUCUUUACAAAAAACAGUACCCACCACCGCGUCCACAGCUCAUUCCAGCCCCGGGCAUGCGCACAGCCCUCCUCCUGAUAAAGCUGUUGAAAAGCCUGCUGAUACAUCACUCAGCCUCCUUGCUGCUCCAGAGUCUGAAACAGGCCACAUCCGGCUGCCUGGUGCCACCUCUGGCCUAUCCACUGAAACCCAGCCAAAAAACCAUCUCCAACCCCAAACCCAGACUCAGUUCCAGUGCAGUCUCUGCCCAGUGUCCUUGCCCUCAUUCCAGCUGUGGCAGGAGCAUCAGACCAGGCACCUCCUGGCAGCUCAGUCCCAGGUCCAAUUUCUCCACCCUGGGUUCACAGACCGACCUAUGCCUUACAUGAUGCUCCACCCCAACCAUUCCCUGAUGGCCAGCCAAAUGAUUUCAGGUGCUAUGUCCCAGAUGCACCCUAAUACCACACAUCCCAUGAUUUCACACUUAAAUAGCAUACAAAUUAAGAACACAAUCUCUGAUCACUCGACUAACACCCUCAGCAGCCUCUCUCAAAGUUCUCUGACACCUAUGAAGCAGAGUUCAAAGCUUAUGUCAGAGACCAGUUUUGAAGGCCAACGGAGCAGUAGAGAGAUUGAGGAGGAGCACAGAAGGGAUAAGCGUCAGAGAACCACCAUCACCCCAGAACAGCUUGAAGUGUUGUAUCAGCGCUACAGCAUGGACUCUAACCCCACCAGAGGAGUCCUGGAAGGGAUUGCACGCGAUGUAGGCCUUACAAGACGUGUGGUUCAGGUCUGGUUUCAGAAUACACGAGCCAGAGAGAGAAAAGGACAGUUCCGGUCAAUGGGGCCAGGAUCCAGUUUCAGCUUGGGUCUGAACCACCUACGCUGUCCAUUCUGCAGGGCUCUCUUCAAGGUGAAAAGUGCUUUGGAUGCCCAUAUGAGGUCACGCCACUGGGCAGAGGCUGAAAGAGCAGGCUACAACUUAUCGAUGAGUAAUGGAUCCAAUGGGCAGAUUGGGAUGGCUAUGUCAUCUGUCAUGGACAGACCAGGCCCAUCUAUCUCCUCCAACCUCAUCCCAAACCAUGGCUAUGUCAUCAUUAACAAAGAGAUAACUAUAAAGCCACCUGUGACCUCUUUGUCUUCAACCACUGAUCUAAACAACCCAGAGGAGGAUGAUGACUAUGAGGAAGACGAUGAGGAGUACCAAUGUGAGGAGGGUUCCAGUAUGGCUGACCAAGGGUCUCCUAGUCCCGAGGGAUCUGGGGGCCCAAGCUCAUAUUGGGGUGAGACGCAAAGUCUGCAACAGCACCAACAUCAGCAGCAGCGCCAAAGGACACAGAUGAGCCACUUCCAAGUACUCCAACUCAGAGACUUCUACAGGAGCCACCGUACCCCUAACCGACAUGAGUGUGAGACACUGGGCCAAGAGUUGGGACUGCCUCACCGAGUGGUGCAGGUGUGGUUCCAGAAUGCCAGAGCCAAGGAGAAGAGGGCCAGGAGCCUGAGCUCUGAUUCUGCCGAGAGGGAGCAGUCCGAGCUGUCCGCAGGGGCAGGGGAAAGAGACAGAGCUUAGAGAGGCAGAUUACGGUCCCUUUGCUUCUUUCUACUACAUUCUCCCCAAAACCUCUCCUGCACCUGCUAUCGUCCUCUAACCAUAUACCCUUUCCACUUUGCUGCCAAACCUGUAACCUAAACACCCCAAAGAUGCCGAGCCACAGUGGCCCAAAGAGAAACUGAAAGUAGGAAAGAGCCUAAACCAAGUCCUCUCCACCACAGCUUUCCUCUUUUCAUAUUGUUCUUAAACUCUUUCCUGGUCUGUCCUUUCUUGUUGAAAAGAGCCCCUCUCCCUAUCCGUCAGACACCUUACUACAACCAAACACCACCUUGAUAAAAACCAACCAGAUGCCACAGAGGCCAAAGAGCAUUCUCCAAGUAUGUGACCUCACUGCCCAGCUAGACCUGCAGUCUACCUCUCAGUCUGCAUGACAGACUCACAGUGGGCCCUCCACCAGACAGUGCUUAAUGACUAGCUGUGUAGCAUGUAGUGCCAGUCUGUAAGAGGCUGGAAAAGAAAUUGUCAAAGAGAUUUUAGUGUAAAUAGAGAGCUCCAAAAGAUAAACUUGAAGAAAAACAAAGCAGUUAACAGUGGAUGAAAAAGAAGAUGAUGAAAAAAAACACGGAAAAAUAGAUGGAGGUAUUCACAUAGAGCUUUUGUAAAGACUGACUCAGAUUCCAAAGCUCGUAACCAAAAUUUUACAUGUCUGUGGAUUUAGUUUCAACAUGUUUGUUUUCAAUAACAAACUGCAGAGCUGACGUCUGUACAGUAAAUGGGUGAGAUCUGCAGCUGGCAAAAGUAAGCUGAGUACCAAUAGACUGAUACGGUGCCAGACUGCAGCUUCACCCUCCACAAGCCAAUGAUGAGUCUUCUGUUGUACAUGUACACCUUCUAUGUUCCUUUAGUGGAUAACAGCCCAAAUAGCACAGAACGUAAAGGCCAGUUUGUCCUGAACGGGGCAAACUAUUUUUUAUAGCACUCAACCAUUAUACUGUAUAUGAAAACUUUAACCAAACUCAAAUUUACAUUGUGUGUGUUUAGUAAUAGUUUCUUAAUAUAAAUCUUAUGGAUUGAGAUAAACUGUCUUGCUUCGAUAUAAUGGUGUCAUGAUUAUGAAAAGAUUAUGACAGCUUUGAUAUGUUCCGGCAAGGUGACUUACUGCCUUUCCGUUCUAUUUGAAUAUACCAAUGGCUGACCAAUGUUAUGUGAUUAAUGUAAAGCUUUCUAUGCUCAGGUCAACAGCUCAACAUGGCUCCGCUUCAAAUGUGAUCUUAAUACUGUACUUUUCUGUUUUUAAAACAGAAGAGGCGUGGUUUAACCUUGGACUAAGUAUUUAAAGAUAUCUACAAAAACAUCUGUAUUUCAAAGAUCUGAGCUUUUCACCUCUGAGUAAUAGAUUGUGACAAAAACCUUAUUGAAACUAAAGUGUUUAAUAGUGUGAGGGGUAAAUGUACAGUAUUUAGCUUUUGUAUGGUUGACUCAAGACUUCAUUGGAUGAUUGAGACAUGGCUCCCUUUUUCACUUAUAAAUAGGGAGCUACUGCGGAAAGCUGAGAACAACUUUGGAUGUUAUCGAUGUUAUUUUUGUACACUUAAUUUAUUUUCCCUCUUUCUCCCUCCUUUCCUCUUUUGCUCUCUACCUUUCUUCCUGUGUUCAUUUGCAACCAGUCCUUAUUCUAACUGUAAUAAUGAUAAUAUAACAAUAAUAGCUAAACAAUAAUUAAUGCUUUAAGACAAAAAUCCAAAGACGUGAUAAUACUUUAACCAUAUGACCUACAAAAAUAAGCGCUACUGUUUACUUGAUGAUGUAUUGCUGUUUUUAAAGAAGGAAGGAGUCCCUAUCUCUAAGCUACUGUUUUCUGCCUCUCAUAAGCACACUGGAGACUGUAACCAAAAUCCCAAACUAGAGCCAUGGCAGUCUGUAAUAUAGCGGUUAAAGAGUUUUACUUCUCUUGAGAAAUGUUGCAGUUUAUUUUCUUUCUUUUUUACCAUAGUGUUGAACUUCAGCCCUUAAGGAUGUCCAGUUUGCUGCUAAUGUACUGUAGUUUCUAACGAUACUGUAGAAAGAUGCAUGCUCUGAUCGCUUUACCACUAGGCUUUAAUGACUACAAACUGUAAUGAUAACUGUGAUGCUGUUGAUAAACUGCUCCUAUGUUGAAAACAAAUGAAUAUGUGGGGCUCAAUUCCAUCAGGUUUGUUUUUCAGUAUCCUAUUAAUUACCCCUACUCAGAAGAUUAAAAAAAUGGCUUUCGUAAUACCAGAAGUAUUUUUUCAAACUUCCAGUUUUAGAGAAACCUGCUUGGGGCAUUAACUUCUCAAUACUUAUGGAGAUACUGCAUAGCUAUUUGAAGGAGUUUAGCCCCAAACCUUUCACUGGUAUGGUGUCAGUCUUUCUGUGUUGAUUAUGUCUCUAGUCCAUUUGUCCAGCUAAAACAGCUUUGCUGAACUCAGACUGACAUCACAGCCAAUUUUCCAAAGGAUGUGGACUGACUAACUCUGUCAUGUUUUGUUCUUAAACUAACCAAUGUUUACGACAAUACCAAUGAGCUUUCUUCUGUACAGAAAUGUGCAUUCCAAAUACCACAAAGGCAGUUUUUUUGUAUACUGAUUAUUUUAAAUUUAAUUUGUCAUAUUCUCUUGAUCUUAGUGACUGUAAGAUGUACAUAUUGGGGUCCUCUAUGGUGAAGGGACUCUGUUAUCCUUACUGUAGGUAAAACUAUUCUUUUAUUUUUUUCUGGAUAUGUUGUUGCCAUAGUGAUGACCAAAAAGAUACCUGUGAUGUGCACCUGUCCUUAUGUCCUGCUCCAGUGGAUUAGUGUGUCUCUAUACUCUCCCUCCCCAAGUUUUCCCCUACUGGUGUGUGUUUCUCUUCCUUUCCCUUCCCAUACUCCACUGAGCUAAAUAAAGUCUGCUUUGGUGCA